ACUCGCUUUAAAUAUCUUCGAUGCUAAUGUGGUCGUCUUUGUUCAACUUGUGACACGAACUACGAAUAUGGUGUCAAUACAUAUUAAUAUAACGAGUGUAAAAGUGAUUUCUUCUGUUAUAUUUUUGUUUAUAACAAAAUGUUCCGGGUUAACCGAUAUGGAAUACAAUCGAAUGCCGCCAAUAUACCAUCUGGAUAACUACGAGAGUUGCUUGCAACGCAUCGGUGACGUCUACUGCACUACACACUUCUCCCUCGUCUCCGAAAGUCCCAGCGAUCUACUGGACAUGAUACAAGAAUAUUCCAAAGACACAUCGACGCAUUUUAAUCACAGCAAGCUGAGGUACGGCAUGUGCCUAGCGGAGAGUUGCAGCAACUAUCACUCAAGCCAGGCAAUCGUAUCUAUCCAACAUCUCGAAGCAUGUCUCAAUAGAACAUUCCGUGACAAAUACAACUUACAAACUAGAGUCACUGAGUUCUCUUGCAUAGAGUACAAUGAGACUGUUGAAAAGAACUUUGGUGAUUUUUGUAUGGGUUUGAUCAUCUUCACACUGACGGGACUUGCAAUAUUUAGCACUUUCCUUGACGUAUAUCUAACAAACAUAAAUCUAGAAGAUUUUCCGUUAUUAUUAAAUUUCUCUAUAAGACACAACUGGAGGCGUUUGUUCGCACCUUACGAAGUGGAGACAGAUAGUAAACGACAAAUAUUCAAGUCAUUGCACGGCAUAAGGGUGGUAUUGAUCAGUUUGGUGAUACUAGGACACAGUAGAGUGCCUCAUGUAACAACUAUGAAGAAUUUAAAACUUGUCGAAGAGAGUUACAAAGAUAUAUUUUUGUAUAUAUUCCUCAACGGCAACAUAAUAGUUCAAACGUACUUCGUUAUCUCGGGAAUGUUACUCGUAUACAAAUUGCCAACUUAUACCGAAAGAUAUAAGAUUGAUUUUCAUUUAAUACCGAAGCUGAUUUCAACGAGGUGGCUUAGACUUGUUCCACCGCACGCUUUUGUCAUAUUUUUUACUGCGACUUGCCUGAGACAUACUAAGUCAGGACCCCUAUGGGAGGUAGUUAUUAUUUAUCCUUAUAAUUUAUUUUCCGUUUUGGUAAAAGUAUUAAAAGAUGGAUGGAUGGAUGGAAUUAGUGUGUUAUUUUUUUAUUUCCAGACCGCUAUUGGUGAUGAUAUAAGAGACUGCCAGCAACGCGGUUGGUUAAGUCUUUUAUAUUUAAAUAAUUUCCUUUAUGAUGCUCAAUGUAUACCACAUACAUGGCAUUUAGCAGCAGAUAUGCAACUUUACUGUUUCGGUGUUGUUUUCUAUUUGGUGGCAAAAAAUAAAAAUAACAGAAACAUUUUGCUAGUUUUAACAUUAUUAGUAGGACUACUAAUUCCAGGAAUGAUAAUAUAUAUAAGAAAUUUAAAUCCAUUGAUAAUCCUCUCUCCUACAACUAUAAGCAAUUUCUUCGGAACAGAUCCGACUUUUAACGAAAUGUAUAGACACGCUUAUACAAAUGUGCCAAGUUAUGCUAUAGGGUUGGCUCUCGGAUACUUAAUAUAUGAUUUGCAAAGAAGCGAUUUUCAAAUAGAAAAAUAUAAGAAAUACCGCUACGUGUACUGGGCGUUGUUACCUGCGUGUUUUGUGCCUAUAUUGCUAGGCAGCACGUUCUACGGCCCGCGGCGACACCCUGUAUAUCUGCAUUUACUUUAUGCCAUCGUAUCUAAGCCAUACUUUGGUUUGCUGGUUGCUAUUAUUAUCUUUGGAUUUGUGUUUAAAUAUGAAAAUAUAUACCGCGGCUUCUUUGAGUGGUCUAGUUGGAGAGUGCUGAGUCGCCUCUCGUACUGCGCGUUCCUUGUUCACUUCCUGAUCGUCAGACUGUACACCGCCAGCCAUACCCAGCUUACUCAUAUUACUUUCUACACUAAUUUGUUAAUGGUGACGGGGUUUAUCAUCAGCAGCUUGGCAGUCGCGCUGCCGCUUUGGUUGCUAGUCGAGGCGCCAUCUACCGGUCUCCUGCAGUACUACAUGACAAAGAGAAACAUUAACAAUAAUCUAAAAGAGACAUUGAAGUCUGAAAAGUCUAAAAAUAUUUAGAUUCAUUAAUUAUUUAUAAGCACUUGACUUGCAAUCUGCAGGUCCUGGGUUCGAAUCCC